CGAGCCGGAUCGACUUCCAGAGAAAAAGGUUGCGGGAAGCAGAGAAAAGGGGAGGAGAGCUUGGAGGCGACCCGAUCUGCGCACGCCCCGUCGGUCUUUGCGCCGACUGCGCACGCGCCGGCGGUUGUAACCGUCAGGGCAAGGGAAGAACAUCCCCCACCCCACCCCCACCCUGCUCGCGCCGCCCGAGAAUUCAAACCCGCGCUCGGGACCCUGCCCCUCCCUCCCUCCCCUCAGCAACCGUCACUUUCCUGCCGUUGCCGGGCAGGGCUUCCCGUCGUCGCCCUUUCGGCCGCCCUCUGCCCCGCUCGCCGCGUCCUGUCAGGGCAAGGGAAAGGAUGCCCGGCGGUGCCUUGUCCCAGGCCAGCCCCGGCCCUGAGUGAGGGAAGGCCGGGCCGGGCGGCGAGCGAGCGGGCAAGGGAUGUCGCCGCCGCCCCCCGGCGCUGGGUCCCUCCGCCGCCGCCAUCGCCGCCGCCCCCGGCGGCUCCCGCUGCUGUCUCUGCCCUCCUCCGGUUCCGGGUGUCGCCCGCGGCCGCCGCUCCGGACCCCGGAGCAACGCCGAGCGGCUCGGCCCCAGCACUGACUGCCGCCGCUUCCCCUCACAGGGCGCGGGACAGCGCGGGCAGGAUGCAGGCGCCGCCGCUGCAGUACGAGUUCUUCAGCGAGGAGAACGCGCCCAAGUGGCGGGGGCUGCUCGUGCCAGCCCUGAAGAAGGUUCAGAUGCAAGUCCACCCUAAGCUAUCAUCUACUGAAGAUGCUUUGCAGUAUGUUGAGGAGUUAAUACUGCAGUUGCUGAACAUGUUAUGCCAAGCUCAACCAAGAAGCUUCCUGGAUGUAGAGGAUCGUGUACAAAAAAGCUUUCCCCAUCCUAUUGAUAAGUGGGCAAUAGCUGAUGCACAGUCUGCAAUUGAAAAGAGGAAGCGAAGAAAUCCAUUAUUUCUCCCAGUAGAAAAAAUUCACCCAUUGUUAAAAGAAGUUCUGGGUUAUAAAGUUGACCACCAAGUAUCUGUUUACAUAGUGGCAGUAUUAGAAUACAUUUCUGCAGAUAUCUUAAAGUUGGUUGGGAACUAUGUACGGAAUAUUAGACAUGAUGAAAUUACAAAACAAGACAUCAAGGUGGCAAUGUGUGCUGAUAAGGUGUUGAUGGAUAUGUUCCAUCAGGAUGUAGAGGAUAUUAGUACGCUGACUUUAUCUGAUGAAGAACCCUCUACUUCUGGAGAACAAAACUACUACGAUCUUGUAAAGUCAUUCAUGGCAGAGGUUCGACAAUAUAUAAGAGAACUAAAUCUUGUAAUAAAAGUUUUUAGAGAACCUUUUAUUACCAACCCUAAGCUGUUUUCAGGUCAUGAUGUAGAAAAUAUAUUCAGUCGAAUAUCAGAUAUUCAUGAACUUAGUGUGAAGUUGUUGGGCCAUAUUGAAGACACAGUAGAAAUGACAGAUGAAGGUAGUCCCCAUCCCUUAGUUGGAAGCUGUUUUGAAGAUUUAGCUGAGGAGCUAGCAUUUGAUCCUUAUGAAUCGUACACUCAAGAUAUUUUGCGGACUGGUUUUCAUGACCAUUUUCUUAGCCUACUGUCAAAGCCUGGUGCAGCAUUCUAUUUACAGUCAAUAGGAGAUGGUUUUAAAGAAGCUGUUCAGUAUGUUUUACCCAGACUGCUUCUCGUUCCUGUUUACCAUUGCCUUCACUAUUUUGAACUUUUAAAGCAAUUAGAAGAGAAAAGCGAAGAUCAAGAGGACAAAGAGUGUUUGAAGCAAGCAAUUACAGCCCUACUUAAUCUUCAGAGUAGUAUGGAAAGGAUAUGCUCAAAAAGUCUUGCAAAGAGAAGACUUAGUGAAUCUGCAUGCCGGUUCUAUAGUCAACAAAUGAAGGGGAAGCAGCUAGCGAUCAAGAAAAUGAAUGAGAUCCAGAAGAACAUUGAUGGUUGGGAGGGUAAAGAUAUAGGACAGUGCUGCAAUGAAUUUAUAAUGGAGGGAACUCUCACACGUGUGGGUGCCAAGCAUGAAAGACAUAUAUUUCUCUUUGAUGGUCUAAUGAUUUGUUGUAAAUCAAAUCAUGGCCAGCCAAGAUUGCCUGGUGCUAGCAAUGCAGAAUAUCGUCUGAAAGAAAAGUUUCUCAUGCGGAAGGUACAGAUCAAUGAUAAAGAUGACACUAAUGAGUACAAACAUGCCUUUGAAAUAAUUUUGAAAGAUGAGAACAGUGUUAUAUUUGCUGCAAAAUCGGCAGAAGAGAAAAACAACUGGAUGGCAGCCUUGAUCUCUUUACAGUAUAGAAGCACCUUGGAGCGAAUGUUAGAUGUAACAUUGCAACAAGAAGAGAAGGAAGAACAGAUGAGAUUUCCAAGUCCUGAGCUUUAUAGGUUUGCAGAACCUGAUUCUGAAGAGAAUAUUGUUUUUGAAGAAAACAUGCAGCCCAAAUCUGGAAUUCCUAUUAUCAAGGCAGGAACUGUUGUCAAACUCAUUGAGAGACUUACAUACCAUAUGUAUGCUGAUCCCAACUUUGUUCGAACAUUUCUUACAACAUAUAGAUCUUUUUGCAAGCCUCAGGAAUUACUGAGUCUCCUGAUAGAACGAUUUGAAAUUCCAGAACCUGAACCAACGGAAGCAGACCGCAUAGCUAUGGAGAAUGGAGAUCAACCUCUUAGCGCAGAGCUAAAAAGAUUUAGGAAGGAAUAUAUACAACCUGUACAGCUCCGAGUUCUAAAUGUAUGCCGGCACUGGGUGGAGCAUCACUUCUAUGAUUUUGAGAGAGAUGUAGAUCUACUGCAACGGUUGGAAGAAUUCAUUGGCACUGUCAGAGGUAAAGCUAUGAAGAAAUGGGUUGAGUCAAUUACAAAGAUAAUCCAUAGGAAAAAGCAAGCACAAGCAAUUGGGCCAAGUCACAAUAUUACUUUUGAAAGCUCACCACCUCCAAUUGAGUGGCAUAUUAGCAAGCCAGGACACAUUGAAACAUUUGACCUGCUCACGUUGCAUCCAAUAGAAAUUGCUCGACAGCUCACAUUACUUGAAUCUGAACUUUACAGAGCUGUGCAACCAUCAGAGCUGGUUGGAAGUGUAUGGACAAAAGAAGAUAAGGAAAUCAAUUCUCCUAACCUGCUCAAGAUGAUACGACAUACCACAAAUCUUACUUUGUGGUUUGAAAAAUGCAUCAUAGAAACAGAAAACCUAGAGGAAAGAGUAAUUGUAGUAUGCCGGAUAAUUGAGAUAUUGCAAGUUUUCCAAGAACUAAACAAUUUUAAUGGUGUUCUUGAAGUUGUCAGUGCUAUGAACUCUGCACCUAUUUACAGACUGGAUCAUACCUUUGAGCAAAUCCCAAGCCGCCAGAAAAAGAUUUUUGAAGAAGCUCAUGAACUGAGUGAAGACCAUCAUAAGAAAUACUUGGCAAAACUCAGGUCUAUUAAUCCUCCAUGUGUGCCUUUCUUUGGAAUUUAUUUAACAAACAUCUUGAAAACGGAAGAAGGCAAUCCUGAAUUUCUCAAACGACAUGGGAAAGAACUUAUCAAUUUCAGUAAGCGGAGGAAAGUGGCUGAGAUAACAGGGGAGAUCCAACAGUACCAGAACCAGCCAUACUGCCUAAGAGGAGAAGCUGAUAUCAGAAAAUUUUUUGAAAAUCUGAAUCCAAUGGGAAAUAGCAUGGAAAAAGAGUUUGCAGAUUAUCUGUUCAACAAGUCUCUAGAAAUAGAGCCACGUAACGUCAAGCCACCCCCAAGAUUUCCCAAAAAGUACACCUAUCCUCUCAAAUCUCCGGGUGUUCGUCCAUCAAACCCAAGACCAGGCACCAUGAGACACCCUACACCUCUGCAACAGGAGCCAAGAAAAAUCAGUUACAGUCGUGUCCCUGAGAGUGAAACAGAAAGUGCUGCUUCUGCACCAAACUCUCCAAGAACACCGCUCACCCCACCUCCACCAUCGUCCACUUCCAGCACCACAGAUGUCUGCAGCGUCUUUGACUCUGAUCCCUCCACCCCUUUUCAUUCAAGGUCAGCUUCUGUGUCUUCCAUAAGUUUUCCAAAAAGCUCAGAUGAAAUUACUAUUCCCCCUCCUAUUCCUCCUCGGAGACGUCCAGAAUCUGCUCCUGCUGAAUCUUCUCCUUCAAAGAUUUCUUCUGCACAUCUGGACAGCCCACCAGCAAUCCCACCUCGGCAGCCGACAUCAAAAAUCUAUUCACCGAGAUACUCUGUGCCAGACAGGACCUCCAUCUCUGACCCCCCAGAAAGCCCACCUGUAUUGCCACCUCGAGAACCUGUACGAACUCCUGAUGUUUUCUCUAGUUCACCUCUCCAUCUCCAACCACCACCCUUAGGCAGAAAAAGUGAACUUGGCAACACUUUCUUUCCCAACAGUCCAUCUCCAUUUACUCCGCCUCCCCCUCAGACCCCUUCUCCUCAUGUUGUCCGGAGGCAUUUGCCAUCACCUCCUUUGAUACCCCAAGAUACGGACCUCCAUUCUGUUGCUGGGCCACCUGUUCCUCCUCGGCAAAGCACUUCUCAACAUAUCCCAAAGCUUCCUCCAAAAACUUACAAAAGGGAGCCCACGCAUCCACUGAUGCAUCGGGAUGGACCCCCUUUGCUGGAGAAUGCCCACUCCACCUGAAUUCUCACUUGUGCUCAAAAGAGAAUGCUUUCCCUGGUGCCAUGUCUGUUGCUGGCAAUAGAUGCACUGUACCUUGUGGGCACCAAGGAGUUGAGCUGUGUUGCUCCUAACACUAAAGACUCUACGUUUGAUAUUUGGUGUACAAAAAGAAGAAAGAAUCUUAAUAACAGGCCCCUUAUCGUGAAUAAACUGUUGCUGUUUGUUAGUAUAGUAUGCAGGGCCCUGUUCUAAAGUCAGUGGACACCUGAAUGUACCAGAAAUCAGAUUUGCAGAUCUCUUUGGGCCAAUAAGCAGACAUUGUGCUUUGUGUAACGUCCUGUGAGGGAUAAAAUGCAUAGUCCUGUAUUCAUCUGUCCACCAUGAUGUAAGUUCUUGGAGUAAAAAUAUUAUGCACUUUUUUUAAAAAAAGAAUCUCAAACAGGGAACUUGAUAGUCUUCUUACUUUUUCUUUUGUUUUAUUCCCUGCUUUCAAAUCAUGAACUGGACUGUGAGGAAGAUCUGUGGUACUGAACUGAACCAACAUAGAGCUAAGACAUAGCACCGUACUGCAGUCCUGUUUACAAACUGUUACUAGUAAUACAUGGGUACCUAGGCUUCACCAAAGAGGUACUUUCCUCCUCCUUUAUGAAUAUUAUGGUGCCAGUUCAAAAAGAAUUUUUUGCCGGUAAACAGAAUGCCUAACUUUUAACCGCCUUUAAACAAAAGAGAUUUAAGUCUUAUAUGAAUGACACCAAUGAUGCAAACUGCAAAACAAUGCUAUUGUCAGAGUUCAAUCUGUUUCUCCAUUUAGAAGACUGUUAAAUCUAGACUAGGUUAGGUCUUCAUUUAAGGUUUACUGAUAACCCACUUAAUGGCUGGUAGUGCAACAUCUUUGAGACUAUGCCAUGAAAAUGCAAAAGAUGAUCCGCUGGCCAUAUUCCCUAGUUAUCACCAUGUUUUAACUAGCAGUAGGUAGAUGAAUAAUCAGCACCCAUAGAAUUGCCUUGUAGUUGCAUAAAUAAAUCAUGUGUAUAUAGUGAAUGUUGCAUAAAUAUACUUGCAAAUUGUUUUUAAUUUAAUUGAAAUAAAGAUACAGAUAUUUUGUCUGGCUGACAUAUAUUAAAUUAUUGCAUUUCUAAAUGUACAUUUCAGUUUAAAGCACUGAGGAGGAGACACAUGCUGUGGUACACACCUCUCUUUCUUGCUCAUUGUUUUAGUCUGUAAAGAAUUUUUUUAGAAGAAAUCCAAGGUUUGGCAUGUGAAAUAAACGUGUGUUAGGGGUGACUUGGAAGUGAACAUCUGUGUGCUUAACAUGGAUCUCAAGCAUAUAAUACAGUUCAGAAUUCCAAAGUCUGUUUAACUUCUUAAACCUUGAAACUGAUCUUGACAGUGUCAGAAAUGUUUGAAAGAAACUAAUCUACAUGAAUAUUUUGCCUUGGAUUAUCCAUAGACCUGUGAAUUGCGCUUCUGAUUCUAGUACUGUGAUAGUAAUGCAUGCCACUUAUUGAAGAUAUUUUAAUCAUUUCUACUACACUAGGACUUGUGAAUGGUGCAGUAUUGUAUCCUUAGUUGCUAAGACUCUUAUAGGAUGUUUUCUCCUUGGCAAAACCAAAAUAUAUUUCGGUAAUCUAGAAAGCCAUGUCACUGGAACAGUGAUGGUAGAGGACUGUAUCACCAUGAAAGCCUACUGUUCUAAGACAACUUCUACAGCAUUACGUAGUGUGGUCUUUGCAUUUCAGGAAAACGUUCAUUUAACCUGCAUUAAAUGGAUCCUUCUUAACAUGUACGAUAUGCAGAAACAAAAGGGCAUUCUGAGAUAAAAAUUUGUAUAAUGCUAGCCUAUGGCAAGUGUUAAGUUGAGCCCAGCUGAGGGUUAGAGAUACUUUAAAAUGACUGAACUUGCUUAGGGAAAGUUGAGAAACUGCUCCCUACUUAAAUACAUUUUUUCCCCUUGUAACACUAAAGGUAGUGGUAAUGCUCCUGUCCAUAAGAACUUUAAAAUACUGCAGAUGAUAUUACAGCCAGUUGAGCCAACUAGGAAAAACACUCUAAUGUUGUUUCUCCAGGCUCUGCCUACAGAGUGAAAGUUCCCUAAUCAAUCCACUCCAGAAAAAUGUGGGGGCAAAUGAUAAAUCCAUUUAGCAUUUGCAAGCAGCAACAUUUUGUAUACAUCUGUCUUAUUCUUGUUUUGAGUGGAAAAAUGAUGUUCACUUAAUAUUUCCAGCAGCCCCAUAGUUGCUAAGAUUAUUAUGCUUGAUACAACCCAGAUACUUUGAUAAUUAAGCAGUAUACAAAGAGUUUAAAUAAAUAAAAUACUUAAUCCAAGAUGACAAAAGAAUUGACUUAAGCAACUGAGAAACUAAGCCAUUUGUUCCAUUGAAGCUGUCUGUCAGCUUCAUGGCCUCUUAUGGUAGCUGAACUAAAAUAUUUAGGUCAGCAGAACUUAUAAAAAGUGCAAAUUUUAAAUAUGAGUGUGCAAAAUUUCCCCGAAUCCCCUGAAGCGGAUGUUGUGCAUGUGAAAAGUGUGUGUAGUUCUUCAGGCAUCUUGUUUAAUAUAAUCAACUUUCAUUGUGUUAAAUGUGCUGUGUUUUUAAGCACUGAAAAUGUUUGUUUUGAUCAGAAUUACUUUGUGCUCACCCAAAACAUCCAUUAUGUAGUUCAUAGAACCAUAGAAUUUUAGAGUUGAAAGGGACCAUGAGGGUCAAUUGGGCCAACCCCUUGCAGUGCCCAGUGUGGGGCUCAAACCCACAAACCCUGAGAUUUAAGAGUCAUGCUUUUACCAACUGAGCUAUCCCACCAUUUGAUGUUCUACAAGAAGUGGCGAGCUUUUACAGAAGUAAACUUCACUGCGUAUUUCAAAAUCCAUCCCAAUGAGUUGCUAGAAUAUUCCCCAUAAACUACUUUGUAUAAUUUUAGUACCUCAAUCAAGAGUUUGGAAAGUCACAAAGUAGGAAAGGAAACAAACUUUUUUGGGUCAAAUAUUUGUGUAUGCAGACUUCUGACUUACAUAGAACUCUUCACCAGGCAAUCUAAAACACUAUUUUUCAUAGGAUCAAUAUCUGUUUGUAUACCGGUAGGAGUAUAAACCCCAUAAAAAGUUACAUAACUGAACAUCAGGAAGAAUGGAGAGGUAUCCAAGUACUGGUUAUAUAGAACCAAGUGGUUGACAUACAGCUCACCCAGACUUGGAAAUAAAAACUUGUUUCUCUAACAAAUUUGCUAUUAGAGGUUAAUAGUAAACUGCCUUUUCACUCUCUGGAAGUAAUGUGCCAACUGCAGUAUAAUAAGUAAAGUGGGAAGGAAAUCUUGAGAGCCUGUAAGCAGGCAGUUGAUGCCCAUGUUUUGACCUUGCCAUGCUGCAGUGGGAUUUUUUUCAUUUUGCCAUGUCGCUGCUGCUUGCUGUCAUACACACACGCCCCUGUAAGUCAGGCCAUUGUUGCUCAAAUUUUACCCAUGGGUUUGUUUCCCCAUUUUAAACUCUACCUUAGAAUUGAGUAGGUUUGCAAAUUAGUCUUCUGUGUUACAUUUAAAAUUGACUGAGAUCCAAAUCUGCAUGCACAUACCUGGGAUUUUUAACCAUCACCUCUCAUACUACUGCAUGCACUCCCUUCAUUUCCUGAAAAGCUACUGUGUAGGAUGAGAUGCAAAAUGAGCACCUGUGCAGGGAGGCAUGGAGAAUUUUGGGGUGUCUGUUUUUAAAAAUAAUAAUAAUAGGGAAGUAGUCUCCUAAGAAAUUCAAGAAAGCAUUCUUUUGUUCCGCCAUGACUCCAAAUAAAAAUUGGCCUCACUGCUAUGACAAUGGCAGGUGGCACUUCGAGACUAGCAACAUCUAUUGAAGGUUAGCAGUGUUCAGUGUAGGUGGAGCUGUUUGGGGUGGUUUUGAUUGGAGCUGGAAAAGUUCCUGAGUGGUUUUUGUUGGAACGUGUCAGCUUGUCUGAAUGUUUUCUUGUCAUUGUGUCUUGCCUGCUUGCUGUUCAGUGUACCAAAAAACUGCACAAAUUAAAUCCUUGCUGUUCCCUACAUUUUUGAUGGUUGAAAGGGAGGAGCUUGCUGUAAUAUAAAACCGGUUUUUAAAUAACAAUGGGGGGGGG